CUUUAUCACACUAGUCUGUAGCGCACAACUAACCUGAGCUUUAACUGUUCUUGUAGCUGAUAAUCUAAUCGCAUUCCCCCAUAAAUCUGCCCAUUUGCAUUUGAGAUAUCAGAUGUGAUUAAUGCUUCAGUAAUCUUUAAUGAAGCACUCGCUGUACAUCUCCAGCAUUCUUUACGGUAAAGGCAUCGAUAGCACCGUGGACAUCAAUGGGACUGCAUAACUCUCAUCCGAAGCUGUACCCCGGAGAUAUACUUGAGUUUCCUGGUAACAGUUACUUUUCUCAUUUUGCUGUUUACUAUGGUGAAAGAGACGGAGUUCCUUAUGUGGCCCAUUUGACCAUCAGAGAUUCAGACACCAAACUCCUCCUUUUCGGCCGAGCUAUAAACGCCUCUGUAAAGCUAGACCCGCUUGACGUAGUCGGGAAGAAAUUCAAGGUUAGAAACUACUUGGAUGACAAGCAUCCACCAAGAGAUUUCUACGUUCUCAUCAAGCCGGAGAUCGAUGAAAUCGUGACGAAACCCAUCACUUUUGACAUCCUGUUCAACAACAGCGAACAUCAGGCCACAAUGUUACGAUACGGAGUAAAAAAGUCAGAGCAGAUUGAAAAAGUCUAUUCCAAGAUAGUACCCACCUGGAAAGAUUUAUUUGAGAAGAAAAAGAUUUAAGAGCCACAUCUUCUGCAUGAAGAAACAAGACUUCAAGAUCAUACAAAAACUAUUUCUUUCUUUAACAAUUCCUAAAAAAAAAAAAAAUAAUAAUAUGUCAAAUAUAUGCAUUACUUUUUUUUUUUUUUUUUUUUCACAACUUUGGUGUUAAAUACGAUCUAAACAAAAGUCUUGCU